GAUCUUUGUCGUUGCUGGUUUUUGACAGCGGCGGGGGAGCUGGUGAGGAGAGCGGAGGAUCCGUGUGGACCACAGCUUGCUGCUGCAGCGGCCGAGGGGGGACGGACUAACACAGGCCGGGCACAGUCCCUCAGAUCAGACACACACCUCAUCAUUCUCCACAGCAUCAACACACACUCACCGCCGGGGGAGGAAUCAGGAGCCGGUUUGCAUCAGACGAUUUAAACCACUUCCUGAAGACAGACGGUGGCUGAGAUUUAAUCCUCAGAGUGUGGAUUCAGACUGUGUCACUCUGUUGACUGCCUUGAUCGCGUAGUUGAAUCUGGACAGAAGGUUUUCAUCAUGACACACCCGUCCAUGGACAGGAACAGGAAGUGGGUGCCAGGCUUUGGAGCCGUGCUAUUGAUACUCUUGAGUCACACAACCUCAGCGCUGGAAGUGCCACUUGAUCCUAAAGUACUGGAAGGAUUGCCCCAACCCCCUACUAUAACUCUACAGUCCCCAAAGGAUUACAUCUUUGAUCCGCGGGAGAACAUUGUCAUCCACUGCGAGGCCAAGGGGAAGCCUCAUCCCAGCUUUUCAUGGACAAGAAAUGGGACCCACUUUGAUGUAGAAAAAGACUCUAAAGUCCUGAUGAAGCCUGGGUCAGGAACUUUGGUCAUUGACAUCAGCGGAGAAAAGGCUGAGGCCUAUGAGGGAACAUACCAGUGUACGGCACACAACGAGCACGGCACCGCUGUAUCCAACAACAUUGUCAUCAGACAGUCCAGGUCCCCCUUGUGGUCGAAGGAGAGAAAUGAGGCCAUUGUGGUGCAGAUGGGGGUCUCCCUAGUGCUGCAGUGCCGACCCCCUGCAGGGCUUCCCCCUCCUGUCAUCUUCUGGAUGGAUAACAACUUUCAGAGACUUCCGCUGGAUAAACGAGUGUCCCAGGCUCUAAAUGGAGAUUUGUACUUCUCCAACGUUCUCCCAGAAGACAACAGGAAUGACUACAUCUGCUAUGCUCGCUUCCCUCACACACAAACUAUCCAACAGAAACAGCCCAUCUCAGUCACCGUGCUGGACAACAGCCCAGAUGGGGAGCGUCGCCCCGGUUUCAUGACGCCUCUGGGCAUCACCAGCACCAAGAUGGUUCUGAGAGGGGAGACUCUGGAGCUGGAAUGCAUUGCUGACGGCUUGCCCACUCCAGAGAUCUCCUGGCAGAAGGAUGGAGGAGAGCUGCCGAGCAGCAGGAUGUCCUUUUAUAACUUUAAGAAAACGCUGAAGGUUUCUGACGUUAAUGAAGCUGAUGCUGGGGACUACCGCUGUACAGCCACAAACAAGCUGGGCACUGCACAACACGUCAUCAAGGUCUCUGUUAAAGCGGCUCCUUUCUGGGUCAGCGCUCCCAGGAACCUGAUCCUCGCCCCGAAUGAGACCGGCAUCCUGACUUGUCGAGUCAACGGAGAACCCAAACCCAAGAUUAGCUGGUUUGUCAAUGGAGUCCCCAUAGAGAACGCACCCGAGGAUCACAGUCGGAAGGUGGAUGAUGACACCGUGAUUCUUAGUUUUGUGAAAACUGGGUCCAGUGCUGUCUACCAGUGUAACGCAUCCAAUGAAUUUGGUUACCUGUUGGCAAACGCUUUUGUCAACGUUCUUGCCGAGGCACCAAGGGUGCUUACUCCACCCAACCGAGUGUACCAGGUCAUCACCAACAACCCUGCAUUACUUCACUGUGCCUCCUUUGGCUCACCAAUACCAACCAUUACAUGGUUCAAAGACAGCCAGACCAGUGUUAAGAAUGGUGACCCUUAUGUAAUCCAUGAGAAUGGUACAUUGGAGAUCCAUGUGGCCCAGCCAUUACACAGUGGGAAGUACACCUGCAUUGCCUCCAACAACCUGGGGAUCAAGGAGAACCACGUCUACCUGGAGGUUAAAGAGCCCACCCGUAUCCUGAAACAGCCAGAGUACAAGGAUGUACAGAGAGGAAUGAGCGCUGUUUUUGAGUGUAAAGUCAAACAUGACCCAUCCCUUAUUCCCACUGUGAUCUGGCUCAAAGAUAAUGGAGAGCUGCCUGAUGAUGAGAGGUUUGAUGUGGACGUGGACAGUUUGACCAUCAGAGAUGUUAUAGAUGAAGAUGAGGGCACCUACACCUGCAUCCAGAACACCACACUGGACCAGGACUCAGCCAGCGCUAUGCUGACUGUCGUAGAGCCAACUCCUACUCCACCUAUUGUCUACGGGAACCCUGACCCUCCGACAGACCUGGAACUGACUGACCAGACAGAGAGGAGCGUUCAGCUCACCUGGACCCCCGGAGAUGAACACAACAGUCCCACACAGAAGUUUCUGAUCCAAUAUGAGGAUCUGCUCCACCAGCCAGGAGUUUGGAUCAACCUGACCGAUGCCCCUGGUACUAGCACCACAGUGCAGUUAAACCUCUCUCCUUAUGUCUACUACUCCUUCAGAGUCCUGGCUCUGAACGGCGUUGGCUACAGCCAGCCCAGCCAGCCGUCAAGGCAAUACAGGACUAACCCUUCAGCUCCUGAUGAAAAUCCAUCAGAUGUUCAGGGUGUAGGAACACAGCCUGGCAACUUGGUCAUCUCUUGGACACCGCUGACAGGAUUUCUGGCUAACGGGCCCGGUCUGGAGUACAAAGUGCAAUGGAGACAAAAGGAUGUCGAGGAGGAUUGGUCCUCAAAGACUGUGGCAAACGUUUCCCAGUUUGUUGUGUCUGGAACUCCAACUUACGUGCCCUACGAGAUCAAGGUUCAAGCUAUAAACGAUUAUGGCAGCGGCCCAGAGCCUGAAGUAGUGAUUGGAUACUCUGGAGAAGACUUGCCUCUGUCUGCUCCUGAUAGUGUGCAGGUCAUGGUUCACAACAGCACACUUGCGGAAGUACACUGGGAGCCUGUUUCUUUACAAUCAGUUAGAGGAAAACUACAAGGAUACAAGGUAUACUUCCGACGCAUUCGUGGCUUGCAUGAGACAGAGGAGGACACAGAACAGCAGGAGCAGGUUUUAACGUUCAGUGGGAAUCGUAGCGAGGGACGUCUACCAGGCCUCCAGCCUUACAGCCUCUACAACCUCACCGUCAGAGUCCUUAAUAUCAAAGGAGAAGGGCCUCCUAGCCCCAGCAAGAAAUUUGAGACACCUGAGGGAGUCCCGGGGCCUCCUUCUUUUCUGAAUGUCAUAAACCCUGGUUUGGACUCUCUCACUCUGGAAUGGGGCCCACCAAUGAACAACAAUGGACGCCUCGCUGGAUACACACUAAAAUACCAACCGGUCAACACCACCAAUGAACUGGGGCCUGUCAAGGUGAUCACCUUCCUUGCCAAUGAGACCACCAUUACCCUGGGCAACCUGAACUCUAGCAUGCUCUACAAGUUUUACAUGAGUGCAAAGACAAUAAAGGGCUCUGGCCCCAUCAUCACAGAGGAAGCCUUCACAGCCAUGGACACAACUCGAACUAAGCCCACUGUAGAGAUGGGCAAAGGCCCUUCAGAGCCCCCUCACCCAACCUCCCCCAUCACUCAGUCUCCGCACCCCCCGUUUCACAAGGUGCCGCCUGUAGGCCCUGCGUUUGGCAAAGUUAACACGUCCAUGUUGGAGGACGGUGCAGUGAUCAGUUGGGAUUACUUUGGACACCAUAAGAAUGUAUAUGUGGAAUAUGUUGUAGAAAACAGUAAAGAGGACUGGAAAAGGGAGUUGGUAAAUGGUUCACACUGGCAUAUGAUAAAAGGUUUAAAGCCGGGGACAUCCUAUAAGGUGCGAGUGGUAGCUAGAGACCCAGCUGACCCGACGGUUCACAGCACAGACGAAGUGUUGGUUGCGGUGCCAGCUGUACCUAACCGGCAGGUAGACAUUGCCACCCAGGGCUGGUUUAUUGGACUGAUGUGUGCCAUCGCUCUCCUCAUCUUGGUGCUUCUCAUAGUGUGUUUCAUCAAAAGGAACAAGGGUGGCAAAUACCCAGUGAAAGAGAAAGAAGAUGCUCACCAAGACCCAGAGAUCCAGCCUAUGAAGGAGGAUGAUGGUACAUUUGGAGAGUACAGGUCUAUGGAAAGUGACACAGAGGACCACAAGCCGCUGAAGGGCAGCCGGACACCAUCCAACGGGACGGUGCGUCGCGACGAGAGCGAUGACAGCCUGGUGGACUACGGGGAGGGCGGGGACGGACAGUUCAAUGAGGACGGCUCCUUCAUCGGCCAGUACAGCGGCAAGAAAGAGAAAGACACACACGAAGGCAACGAGAGUUCGGAGGCCCCGUCGCCUGUCAACGCCAUGAACUCGUUUGUCUAACGGAGGGCCUGUGGCAUGGCUGCAACGGUUUGCUGCGGCCACUCUUUGUCACCCUGGCAAAUGUGACCAUAUCUGUGGUGACAGUUGCUAAGGUGACAGUCAUGGAAACCUCAUUUUACCAUGGUGGCUGUCAUUCAGGUGGCCCCUCACCAUGGCUUCUUGUCACCAAGACUGCUGACACGCCCUCAUCUCCACAUCGCCCGCCCCUGUCCCACUGUGACCUCCUCUGAUCUACACACACACACACACACACACACACACACACAUACACCUCGGCAAAGACUAACACCACAUCCCCCAUAACCAAUGAAAGAAGGUGUGAAGGUAGGGAUGUGAGGACUCCAAGAAGAGGGAAGGAAAGAGGAAGCAAUAUAGAAAAGCAAAAGAAAUGUACUAGGGAGUUUGACCUGUUAGACUGAGCUAAAGUGUGUGUGUUAGUGCCAUUUCAUUGCAAACCAAACAUUCAUGAACAUGAUGUAUCCAAAUAACUCAAAUAUAUAUUUUAUCAAAGUACAGUAAAUGACCCGCAGGCAGGCAAAUAUGCAUUGAAUUACGUUCAUGACAUGCAUGGAGUAAAUCAUGAUUCUAUUCAGCAUUUUACUACCCUCGUGUUGCAGAGGUGAGCUGUGGUUGAGGCUGUAUAUGGUGCACGUCUACUACCGACUGGUAAUUCCUCUUGUUUGUUGCCAGUCAAAGUGUUAAAUGGCGUAAAAUAUAUAGAGGAAAAAAGUCCUGCAAGGUCUUCAUGGAUACUGCUGUGAAAUGUGUGACUCAAAGUAGAGGCUAGCAUAUGUUGUUGUUGUUGUUGAGACAGAUUAACUGUGUAUGUAAAAUUAUUAGAAGAAAGCUAUAUUUUAGGGUCAGGGUUGUCCAUUUAUAGUUAUUGGAAACCUUGAAAACAAUUUGAACUCAGCGUUCGGUCACCAACCAGCCAACCAAAAUUCCCACAUUUAUAUCAAUCGACCUGUUUUUAGCCUCACAGUUUGUCGAGCUUGUUCUUUGCUUGUAUUUCUUAAAUUUUUUUGCUUUCACUCCUAGUCUGUUACUUUACUCCAAGCUUAUGCUUCUGGCUACUGAGCACUAACUGAACACUGUGAUUGAUCCAGUGUUAUUGUCAAGUGCUUCCAUACCAAUAGUGGCCACUGUGCACGCCUUUCCUUUAGGCAAUCUUGGUAUUGUCAAAGCACCUGAACAGAAUUAAGUGGUACCCACUUUUAGUUUCUGGAUGUUUAGAUUUUGAUGAUCAAGAACGUCUCAGCACGGUUUCUAGUGCCUUCAUAGAGAACAGUGACUUAGAUCCAUAGAGUUACAUCCCUCUUCAUACACAGGACAGACCUGGGAUCAGUGCAGUUCAUGAGUUCUUUGCAUACAGACUACCAUCCCAUAUUACUCAAUAGACAACUUGGAAGAAUACGCUCUGUUUCAGUAUGUUUUCCUAAGGGUGUGUUCAAACUAAGGCCUUUUAGUUUGAGCUAUAUUGUCACCAAGUCUUUAAAACAGUUUGUGAAACAUCCAUGUGGGCUUAUUAACUUAAAAUACCCUCUUUGAGUCUCACUUUAGCAUCCAGGGUUCCUACACAGGGCUGAAAGCUAUUUUAAAAA